UGGACAUCGCGCCUUGGCAGCAGGCAUGGAUCAAAACAGUGAAGGAUGCACGAAGAAAAUCAGCAAUGUAAAUCUUGACAAACUUAUAGAUGACUUCUCACAGAUAGAAAAGAAAAUGAUAGAAACUGCUGGAAAGAACAACCUUCUGGAUAUUCAGCUGGAGAAGACUAAGAGUUUAUUAAAGAUAAUGCAGACGAAAGAGACCUCGAUGAAAGAAGAAUGUAUCACUCUUCAUACUAUGAUAAGAGGGCUACAACAGACUGUUCAACAUCAACACAAUUUGAAAGGUGAAAAUGAACAACUAAAAAGAAAUGUUGAUUUUAUGAAAGAGAAGUUAAAAUCUCAUGAGCAGGAAUAUAAGAAUAAUAUUGCCAAACUUAUAAGUGAAAUGAAAAUCAAAGAGGAGGAACACAAAACCGAAAUGAGCAAACUUUAUCAGGAUAUGCAGAGAAAAGUUGAACUAAAUGAGGAAAAGCACAAAGAACUAAUGGCAAGGAAGGAGAUGGAAAUCUCAGAGUUAAAUGCAAAGUUGAGGACUCAGGAGAAGGAAAAGCAAACUGAGAUCCUCAAACUGCAUCUAGAAUUUGACACUAAACUAGCAAGAGCUCAGACUAAAUCAAAAUCAUAUCCGGACGCUACUCUUUUGCCACAGAGUAUCUACAGAAGGAAGCUUCAGCAUCUUCAGGAAGAAAAGAGCAAAGAAAUUGCAAGUCUGCAGAACACGAUCCGAGACCUAGAGCAGCGCCUCGCAGCCUGCAAGGACACCCGUCUCACGCGGAGACGUUUUUGA